AUGGCUUUCAGGGAUAAAGUCCCAAUCAGCGCAUAUUUUCUUGCGCUUCUCACUACAGGUCAAACUUGUGCGGCAAGACACAGCUUUCUGCAAUGA